ACACCAGUCCACCAGUCGUUGCUCGUCAGUCGCCAGUCGUCUCUGACAGACGUCAGUAGUGCCAGUACCGCGCGAGAGCUCGGUCGCGACGCGCGUAUUUAUAAAAUUAUUCGUAAAUUUCGUGAGUGACAUCCGUCGCUACAUAAGGUUGUCUGUGUUGAACCCUAUCCCUCUUCCCUCAUCAUGGACGCCCACCAUCACGAUCACGACCACGAUCAUGACCACGACCACGACCACGGCGGCUCCUGCUCCUCCAGCCACAAGAUGGUGUUUCACGCGGGGGUGUGUCAGGAGAUCCUGUUCAGCGGUUGGAAGACCACGACCGCCCUGGAGCUGUUCGGCUCAGCGGUGGCUAUCUUCCUGGCUGGCGUCCUGUACGAGGGUCUGAAGUACUACCGCGAGGCCCUGUACGCCAGGGCUACCAGCGCCACGGGCGACUCGCAGGUCAACAUCACUAAGAAUGAAUGUGGACCCUCCGGGAACUGUGCGGGGACGGCAGUUGUCAAAUAUUCGAUGUUGUCGUGCGGCCACUUCGUCCAGACCCUGCUGCACAUCCUGCAGACGACCGCUUCCUACGUGCUGAUGCUGGUGUUCAUGACGUACAACGUGUGGUUGUGCCUGGCCCUGGUGCUGGGCCUGGCGGUCGGCUACUUCUUCUUCGGCUGGAGGAAGAGUACCGUCGUCGACGUCACCGAACACUGUCAAUGACCUCGUCCUCCUAUACUCCUUGUAACAGAAUCCUAGUUAUAAGUUUAAUGUGACAUUCGUUUCUGUCACAUUUUUUAUUAUGACAUUCCUAUAAAGAAGCGACCGCGACGAUUUUUAUUUUUGUAUUCAUGUAUGUAUUUAAUUUUGUAAAGUACUUUUACUUUAAGGGAAAAACACAAUUUAUAUUAUUGUUAUUGUCGUUAACGCUGAAUGGGAGCAGUAAUGUAAACAAAAUGUUAUACAAUUUAAUGUAAGGAAGAUUGUAGAAAACUGUUUAAUGUGAGCUAUACAUUUCCUUAAAACAUUUCAUAAAAUUUUAAUCUUUAUAAAAAUUAUGAAAUGUGUUCGAUUACUUAUAUUUUAUUAUCAUUAUUUCGCUUGGAACUCAAAGUUAUAAGCUGUUUGUAAAUAAUGUAUAAUAAAUGAACACUGGUUCACCAAACAUUUAAAAGAUUGUAAAUAACGCCAUCUAUUGCAGAAACUGAACCUUAUAUAUUACUAAUUGAUCGUAAUGACAGGAGAUGGCGUGCAAACCACUUAUAAUUAUUUGUGCAUCGAAAAUAUGAUUCAUUUUAUAUUUCAAAAGAAUUACAAAAGUUUAUAUGACUUUAAAGUAUUUAGUUAGCUCUUAUAAGAACGUAUAGGAAUUACUGUAAAGAAUAAAAUCUGUACCAAUCUUGCCACGUUGUAAUCAUAUCACUAUGUAUGUUCUAAUAAAUAAUUCCUGUUUUUACAAAAUGUGGACUACAAUGUUAGAUGAUAUUAAUAUGAUGCCUUUAUUUUAACAUUCCUUGUAGAGGCUAGUACUUUUUUAAUAUAUAUUUUUAUUGGAUUUUGUUUUAUACCUUUUAUUCAUAAUUGCUCAUUUAUUAGCGGCCAUUUUGCGAACCAGUACAAGGAAUAUUUUUUUUUCAAAUGUACGACCGACAUAGGAUAAAACAUUAUGACACUACAAGUUUUUGAAGAUUUUGUUAAUUUAUUAUUUUUAUUAAAAUUUGAAAUGUUUUAGCUGCAAUAAAUAUUUUUAAAAAAUAAAAUAAAAUGUGUAAACUUGUGAUAUUUGCUAUCUAUAGAUAUUAUAAGAAAAAGUAUUUUUAUUGUAUUAAAUAAAUUUAUAAACUUAAA